AUGCCUCUGAAGCUGAGGCACGCUUAUCCUCACCAGCCACCGCAUCACUAUUAUUCAUCCUCUUCUUCAUCAGCUCACCGAUUAUAUGCAGAUGGUCGCGAUCAGUCGGCCGGGUACCAGCCCAAGGCGCGUGUCACCGAACGAUACCGCAUCAUUGGCUUCAUCAGCAGUGGAACAUAUGGACGUGUUUACAAAGCCGUAAGCCGGACCACCAAUCCGGAGGGCAUCGCCGUUGUCCGCACAUCCAGCGGCCUCACACCAACCUCCAACUCAGGGCCAGCCCCCAUAGAGGUGGCCAUCAAAAAGUUUAAGCCAGACAAGGAGGGCGAGCAGGUCAGCUACACGGGUAUUUCACAGAGUGCUAUCCGUGAGAUGAGCCUCUGCAGCGAACUCCGACACCCAAACGUCAUCCGGCUUGUGGAAAUCAUUCUCGAAGACAAGUGCAUCUUCAUGGUGUUUGAGUAUGCCGAACACGACCUGUUGCAAAUCAUCCACCACCACACGCAGCAGCCGCGCCAUCCCAUACCGCCGGCCACGGUCAAGAGCAUCAUGUUCCAGCUCCUCAACGGCUGCCAGUACCUGCACACCAACUGGGUCUUGCACCGUGAUCUCAAGCCCGCCAACAUCAUGGUCACGUCCGGCGGAGAGGUCAAGAUUGGUGAUUUGGGCCUGGCCCGCCGCUUCGACAAACCACUGCACUCGCUCUUUAGCGGCGAUAAGGUUGUUGUCACAAUAUGGUACCGAGCACCCGAGCUGAUCCUCGGCUCGUACCAUUACACUCCCGCCAUCGACAUGUGGGCUGUGGGAUGCAUCUUCGCGGAGCUCUUGUCUCUGCGACCAAUCUUCAAGGGAGAGGAGGCCAAGAUGGAUAGUAAGAAGACGGUCCCCUUCCAGAGGAAUCAGAUGCACAAAAUCGCCGAGAUCAUGGGCCUGCCGACAAAGGAACGGUGGCCCCUGCUUCCAUUCAUGCCCGAGUACAGCCAGCUCAACACGCUCUCGACAAUGCAGCACAACACCCACAGCCACCACCAUCAUCACCACCAAAACCCGCCCAACCGCGGCUAUCCACCCACAUCCCACCUCGAGAAGUGGUACUACAACACCAUUAAUAACAAUUCUGGUGCCGGUUCCGCCGCGUCAGGGCCCAACGGCCAGCCCGCACUCCAGUCCCUCGGCGCAGAAGGAUACAAGCUACUCGCAGGCCUCCUCGAAUACGACCCGGAAAAGCGCCUCACCGCCGCACAGUCCCUGCAGCACGAAUUCUUCAGCACAGGAGACCGCGUCAGCUCGAAUUGCUUCGAGGGCAUCAAGGUCGAGUAUCCGCACCGACGUGUCAGCCAGGACGACAAUGAUAUUAGGACCAGCAGUCUCCCGGGGACGAAGCGUAGUGGCCUUCCAGACGAUACUCUCUUGAGACCUGCUAAGCGCAUGAAGGAAUGA